AUGUACAGGAAGGAGGGAAGGGAACUUUUGUGUACUGUGCGAAAAGCGAGACCCUUACCUCCAUCUAGUGGCCUGGAGAAGAACUUCAAGGUGUUCACUUCAAUACGAACGAUGAAGGAGCAUUUGCUGACCGGGUUGCCCCUGAACGGCGGUAAAAAAUUUCAGGUGAACUUCAACUUGAAGCCGUCCGAGAAAUAUUUGAGCUUCGCGAAUGUCUCACAUAUGAUUUUCCCAAUAUUUUGGAGUGCAGCCCUGACCAAGGAGCUGGCCGACGAAUUCUACAAUCGAAUCAUUCUACCUCAAGAAGUGCUGGCGAUCGGGUCGUGGACGGCCGUCGGCGUCGGACUCCUCACCGUCGUAGUGGUGGGAGCCAUCACCGUUCGAGAAUAUCGGAGGAGAGGAUUUCGUCCCUACUAAGCCCUCCGAGACCGGUCGAUCUGCGGGGUUACCCAUUGCGGCUGCACAAAGUCACCAUGUGAUACUAUUAUUUUAAAAAAUUGGAGAACUCCACAUGGAAUCGAUCAUACCGUAUCCAUACGGCAUCCAUACCGCAAUUUAAACAGAAAUAAGAUAUUCGGAUGAAGAUGCUUUGGCAAUCUGUUGAUACUUCCUACCUCGAUGGGCAUAAUAAAUAUUUUUCACAUAUCUUCUGAAUCGGUUGCUGAAACUCGAUAGGCAGGACAAAUGAAUAUCAGAGGGGCAAAUUUCAUUGAACCAAUGAAGUUAUGGCUGUUGCCAUGAUGUUAACAUACGUAUUGUACGAUUUCAUUGCUGUGAUCAUAUCUCUAUCUGUGUUCAUUGACGUAUGCGGUCUGAGCUGUAUAAAG